AUGAAGUCACUUACUACAUCCCUCAAGCUUAUCGCCGUAUUCAUCGCGUCGACCCAGGCCGGUCUUCGCUUCCCAUGCUCAACCUUGACCACUCAGCGUCUUGAUCCGGCUGUUCAGCCUGGGUCUAUCCCGUCUGCUCAUCUUCACAUGAUCGUGGGAGGCAAUGCGUUCAACUCCACAAUGGAAGGUGACGUCGCCUCGAGGGCCACCUGCACUACUUGCCAGAUGGCAGAGGACUUCUCGAACUACUGGGUUGCUCACAUGUACUUCCGCGAUCCUAAGAACGGCUCCUACCAUAGGGUUAUGCCUGCUCCCGUUCAGCCCCUCCUCGGAGGUUCGAACGGCGCCCAGGGUGGUCUAACUAUCUACUAUACCCAGUUUGAUCUGUCGAAGGACAACCUCAAGCAACAGCCCGUAAAGACAUUCCCACCGGGCUUCCGUAUGACGGUUGGCAGCCCAACUCAAACCGGAAAACCUCAUGCUGGUCUGAGUUACCAAUGCAUCCAGGGCGGAAACCGCGGUACCCUGGUUUCCCAGUUUCCCACCACCAAGUGCAACGGCGGUAUCUUCACGACGCAUCACUUCCCUCCCUGCUGGAAUGGCAAGGACCUCGAUAGCCCGGAUCAUCAGUCUCAUAUGUACAACACCGUCAACUCUGAGUACUUCAACAAUGCUCCAAAAUGCCCCGACUCCCACCCAGUUCGAGUCCCGCAGGUAACCUUUGAAAUCACAUGGGACACGACACCGUUCAACAGCCUUUGGGAUCCCGCGAAGGACGGGAAUCCCUUCCUGUGGAGCUUCGAGGGUAAUGCGGCCGGCACACACGCCGAUUAUAUGUUCGGCUGGAAGGGCGACGCUCUGCAGCGCGCCAUGGACAAGUCCGAAUGCUUCUAUGACGGCUGUGGCUCCAUCAAGAAGCAGGCGAUGGCUGAUGCUAACAAGUGCACUGUGAAGGACUUCGUCGGCGAGAAGAUCGAUGGAUGGGCCAAGUAUCUCCCGGGCAUGACCACGGAGCACCGCCCCAUGAAGCGCGGGAGGGCUUUUGAGGCUUAG